AUGGAGAGUGAAGGAAUUGAGAAUAGGAAUGUUGUGGAGCAGAGGAUCAAAAGGCCAGGUAUAGCAACAAAGAAAAUGCUAAUCAUGUCAAGCAUGAUUUGUGGAGGUAUCGCCUUUCUUCUUUGGGCAGUGUUAGGAUUUCCUCAAAAGUCUAAAAAUCCAAUGAUCUUCUACAACAAGACAUGCUCUGAGGAUGCAAUCACAUGUCUACAAAGCUGGAGCCGAAUCAAUAAUAAUUGCUUCUUUCAAUCUGAACGUGAAAAAACUUGGAUGGAUGGCCAGACAAAGUGCACGGCUCACUCUGGAUCUCUGGCCAUAUUCAGCUCCAAGAAUGAAGUGGAAUCUUUGAUGCCCUAUCUGGGACCCUCUUGCUAUUGGAUUGGACUGAAAAUGGACAGCACAAGCAAACUCUGGAUAUGGACAAAUGGAGAUGCAUUCAGCAACUGGUUCAGUAUUGACGGAAGUGGAGAGUGUGCCUGCAUGUUUCAGAAGGGCAUAAGUAGUGACAAUUGUAGUGAUGCAAGAAAGUACACAUGCAGCAGAAAAGGGUUUUGUCCUUAG